AUGUGGCGCUUGGAUGCCAUCGGUAUAACUGACGGACAAGAAGACGAUGUCUGCAAGCACCCAGCGCUCGUCCACUUUCAUAGCGCAGUACACAAGAACGCAGGACGCUACGUAAUACAGCUCAUGAUCAAGACGCAAGGUCUCACGUCUUGUAGUAACCGAAGUGUGGCUGAAACCAGACUCAAGCGUCAUCUUCAGCGGUUCGAACAUGACCCAGAAGUUCUGAAGGAGUACCAUGCCACCACCAACGAGUGCUUUGAUGAAGGCCAUGCAGAGCGAGUAGUGCCGUCUGCACACCUUGGACAGACCGUCUACUACAUGCCUCAUCAUGCGGUAGUCCGACGUGAGGCCGUGCCUACAAAGGUCCGCGCCGUGUUCGAUGCCUCAUCCCACGAAUACGGUGAACCGUCCUUGGACGACAUGCUCGAUAAAGGUAUCGAUUAG